AUGACGGCAGCAAACACAGACAAAACGACCGACAAGGAGAACGAUCCCGGUCCCCAUACAUCGGUAUCCACUACCGCCACGCCCCCUUCUGCAGCUGCCCAGGAUGUGGGGGGAUGUGUUGGGCGCAGUGGAGGGACAUCGAGCCCUAAGUUUCAGUCGUAUGUAAAUGGCAAUGGCUACGGAGUGUACAAGAUAAUCAAGACCCUUGGGAAGGGCAAUUUCGCGAAAGUCAAGUUGGCGAUUCAUCUGCCCACCGGUCGGGAAGUGGCCAUUAAGCUGAUCGAUAAAACUACGUUAAAUACGAUUGCUCGGCAGAAGUUGUACCGAGAGGUCAAUAUAAUGAAAAGGCUCAACCACCCGAAUAUUGUGCGCCUCUUCCAAGUUAUCGAGUCGGAAAGGACCCUCUACUUGGUAAUGGAGUAUGUCAGCGGGGGAGAACUCUUCAAUUAUCUGGUCAAAAACGGAAGGAUGCGGGAGCGAGAUGCCAGGGUGCUCUUCCGCCAGUUGGUGUCUGCUAUUGAAUACUGUCACAGCAAGUCGAUUGUGCAUCGGGAUCUAAAGGCGGAGAACUUGUUGUUGGACCAGCAUAUGAAAUUGAAGAUCGCUGACUUUGGUUUCAGCACCACGUUUGAACCGAAAGCGCCACUGGAAACGUUUUGCGGAAGUCCACCGUAUGCCGCCCCUGAACUGUUCAGAGGAAAGAAGUACUCUGGACCGGAGGUGGACUCUUGGUCACUGGGUGUGGUGCUGUACACCUUGGUGAGUGGUUCCCUACCCUUCGAUGGAACCAAUCUGAAGGAGCUUCGCGACCGAGUUAUACGUGGCAAGUAUCGCGUCCCGUAUUACGUCUCCAUUGAAUGUGAGAGUCUUAUUAGGAAGUUCCUCGUUCUGAAUCCAACGCAACGUAUUAGUUUAUCGGCUGUCAUGGCGGAUCGCUGGAUCAACAUGGGCUACGAGCAAGGUAACGGAUUGAGGCCGUUUCAGGAGAAGCCUAUAGAUAUACAUGAUGUAAAUCGAUUGAAUUUGCUGUCGAACAUGGGUCACAAGCCUCGUGAUGUAGAGCAAUCGCUGAAGAACCAGAAGUUCGACGACAUUUAUUGCACCUAUAUGCUCCUGGAUGUUGCUAAACAGAGCUCAACAGCCUGCAGCGAGAAAUGGGGAUCACCUUUUAGGAAAACUCCUACGGCUACGCCAGGCAGCAGUCGGAUUCCUGUUCCUAUAGCUUCUCCCAAUGUUACUAUUAGCCAUGUGACCUUUUCACUGGACAAGAGUUCACCAAAUAAGCCUGGCGCCACUUCCAUUCGUCCCAUGGCUCCGCGCUUGGCAAAUGUCCUCACUCCGCCACCAUUGACACCACCGCCCAAAAAAUAUAUCUGCUGCUCGGCUAGCAAGGCCACCAAUCCAAGACGUUCCGAGCCGUCCAGUACCCCACAACCUGCGAUGCCCAAGAAAGGAGUCGGCGCUCCAGUGGAUGUGAAGACAACUCUACUGAGUGCCCAACGAAAGUUGGCUGUAAACCAAAAGCUGAACAGCGCAUCACACCAAAUUCGGAGUCCCUUUACGCAGUCCCCAAGUCAAGCUUCAGGAUGCACCAGAACACCACCGACUCAUUUCGAAAUGGUGGACUCGACCAGCACUCCCCUAAAGGUGCUUAAAUUGGCAUCCAACAUCCAGACUCCACCCUCCACCGAAAACACAAAUGGCCGCCCGCGAUUGGGCUUCUUCUCUAAGCUGUCCGCACGCUUUGUUCGAAGAUCACUCCAAAAAGGCGAAAAGGACAUCAGCGAGCAGCGCAGCAACGUCACCAAGUAGCAAGGUGUUAGGUCAGCGCAUCCCAAAAGGAUGCUUCCCUGCACAGACAAUCGCAAGUGAUAUAGCAGCCCUCCCGAAUGGACGAUCGACCUUAUGUGUAAAUGGUAUUUUAAUUAAAACGACUUAAAUUUAGUAUAACAAAUAAAUGUUGAUGGCAUAUGUGAGGUGAUCGUUCUGAACUGAUCUUGAAACUUGACUGUCAAACCAAUAAAAUAAAUUUGAACAAUUGCUUUAUCUUCAUAAUUUUUAAAUUUUACGAUAGAAGUUUAAAAUAAAUAUGUAGAUUUUAAAUUCGUUUAUAUGUAUAAACUUUGGUACUGUUUCUCAUUAGCUAGUUAACAUAAGAACAGCCUAAAAAUAAAAACGGUUUACUCAUGA